UGUGCAAGGAUCCACCCUACAAAGUUGAAGAAUCUGGAUAUGCUGGUUUCAUUUUACCAAUUGAGGUUUACUUCAAAAACAAGGAAGAACCUAAGAAAGUUCGAUUUGACUAUGACUUAUUCCUGCACCUUGAAGGCCACCCACCUGUAAAUCACCUUCGCUGUGAAAAGCUCACAUUCAACAACCCGACAGAGGAAUUCAGAAGAAAGCUGCUAAAGGCAGGAGGGAUCAUGGUGAUGUCAGAUGGCACAUCGUUCUCUUCAGGACAGAGCCUUCAUCUCCCCAGCCUUCCCAGUAACUCCCUGUCUUUUUCUGAAGUGAAGAAGAAAUCAUCUCAUGGGCCAAAG